AUGGCGCACCGAUGGGCUGCAGCAUGGCGGGCAAAGGGGAGCCCUGCCUCUGUGGCUUGGGUGGCGAUUCCGUGCUGCGCAGGGCAGGCCGCGCACCCCCAGUGGAAUUUCCACACGCGGCAGACCCAGAAGGCAGACCGCACAGCAAACGGGUCACCGGCGCUACUGCAGGCGGCUUUCGGUCCCAACGAGGCACAAAGCCCAACACCUCAUUGGGCCGACAACCCUCCGCCUCGUGAAGCGCAAAAUUACAACUGCACUCUGGCUAAGGACAACAGGAGCGCCAAAAUCGCCUGGACGCCUUAA